AUGUCUCCAACUCCUCCCAGCCAAUACGCGCUCAACGACGCUGUCUUUUCCACUCCAUCCUUACCACCUCCACCUCAAUCCACUUUGCCUUGUGGUCGCCCGCGCCGCGCCUCUAUGACACCCGGCAUGCCAACGGAAACGUGGUACUCCGACAAAUAUAACCCAACGCAGUAUCCGUUGCAUAACUAUUGCAUCAACUGCUCUACGCAGUUUGUAGCAGACCACACCUAUAAGCGGCACCUAGUUGAUGUCCACAAAGUGCGGUUCGAGCCAGUCAAGCCUGGUCCUAAAAAGACGAUAUCUGGAACGCUACGUAUCUUGAACAAGAGGCAAAAUGAAAGGAAGCGCGCUCUUGCCAAAUCGCUGGUAUACAAGGGGCAAAGGCGGGACGAAGCUGCAAAAAAGUACCUGAACAAGCUCGUUUCGUUGAUCGGUGCAGAAAGUUGGCAUCACGCGUACCUCAAAAUGUUUGAACAUAUUGAUGCUACAAUCGAUCAAAUUGAAAACGAGCCGACCAUUGCUGAAAGCCGUAAGAAGUUUGGUGACUGCUGGAAGUACGCCGUGUACAAACUAUGUGCCCUAGAAGGACGGUCAGUGUUUGACCCAACAUACGAACACUUCUUUGGCAACUUGUUCAUGGAAGAUGCGUAUGAUGCCUACAGUCAACUGUCCGGCAGGGAUACGCUGAGCGUCAACGAUGCGGUCAGAAAUGCAUUGAGUGACAGGGCGCCCAAGUUUUUAGCCAACUAUGGCCCCAAGUUCCGCGCUUUCCGGUGGAUUGGCAACCCCUUGUUGAUGCGCGCCACUUCUGACUGUGGUAUCGAGCGAGGAAACGCCACUGACGAUGACGAUCACGGCGACGGCGACCGCGUGUCGUAUUCCAAUAUAUUACGCGAGUCAAGAGAGAAGGAGUGGGCCAGACUCUUGUACAAGCGGCACCCGGCCAGCUUAGAGGCAGGAGAAGGAGUAGGAGGAGAGGGAGAAACGGAGGAAGAUUGCAGCACUGGUAUUGAGCAGAGUGACGGGUAUAUUAGUGAUGAUGAUGGAGGAUUGGAGAGAAGAGAAAAAGACUUUAUGUUCUAG